AUGCCAGUCCAACGUACAAUAAGUAAGUUCUAUCCAUUGGAAAUCAGAGCAACACUGCCACGGCCUGAGGAAAAAACGCAAGCAACUGAUGAAGAGACUGAAAGCACAGUGCCAUCAACGGCACCCAAUGCUCAUCCUCGCAUGCGUCCGACUUUGCCACGAGCCGCGAAAACGAAAGCCUACGAAGCACUGCAGCAAGAACAGCAAGAACGUUUUUGCGAAUGCUGA